GUGUCCGGUUGGGAGGAGGAUCGGAUUCCUGUUUCCUGCCCCUACUCACUCAGCUCUCGGAGGUGACUGGGAGUGGAGGGAACUGGAGGGGGAUGACUUCCGCAGAACACCCCACUCCUUGGAAACACUCAGAAGACGAUGUCUGCACAGUCUCUUCCUGCAGCAACGCCCCCUACCUUGAAGCCCCCUCGGAUCAUCCGCCCCCGACCCCCAUCUCGGCAUAGGGCUCCACACUCCCCGGGGCCUCUCCACAAUGGCUCCUCUCCGAAAGCACUUCCUCAAAUAUCCAAUGAUGCAUCGGCCUCAGUGUGCACCUCCAUCUUCUGGGAGCCCCCCACGGCUUCCCUGAAGCCCCCUGCUCUUCUGCCUCCCUCAGUUUCUAGAACCAGCCUGGACUCUCAGACUUCCCCUGACUCACCUUCCAGCACACCGAGUCCCAGCCCAGUGUCCCGGCGCUCCAUCUCCCCAGAACCAGCUCCCUGCUCUCCGGUGCCCCCACCCAAGCCCUCUGGGUCUUCCCGAACACCUCUGCCCUCGGGCCCUACGCCUCUCCAGGAUGGCUCUGCUUCGGCCCCUGGCACGGUUCGUAGACUGGCCGGCAAGUUUGAAUGGGGAGCUGAAGGCAAAGCCCAGUCCUCAGACUCCCUGGAACGGUGUUCCCAAGGGAGCACGGAAGUGAAUGGGGAGAAAGAGACUCCCGAAGCCGCCCUUUCUGGGAAUGGGUCCCAGGAGAACGGCACUCCCGAUGCUGCCCUGGCCUGCCCUCCAUGCUGCCCCUGUGUCUGCCAUGUAGCAAAGCCUGGCCUGGAGCUCCGGUGGGUGCCUGUGGGGAGUUCUGAGGACAUCCUCAGGAUCCCCUGCCGGGCAUCCCCACUCCGAGCCUCCCGCUCCCGCAUCAAUCCUCCAGUCAUCAGUCACCCUCCAGUUGUGCUCACGUCCUAUCGCUCCACUGCCGAGCGCAAACUCCUACCUCCCCUCAAGCCCCCCAAGCCAACUAAAGUCAGACAGGAUAUCAGCACCUCUGAGGAGCUUCCACAGCCAGAUCUGAAACUGCCUUCAGAAGAUGGGAUCCAAACUGCUACAAAGGCCUGGGAAGGGGACAGACCUGAAGGAGCUCCUCUGAAUGCUCCCCCUGUAGCCUUGGAGGGAAGGGAGGAGGAAGGAUUGGAUGGGCUGAAGGGGCUGCAGUGGGAACUGCCCCUGCAGGACGAACCUUUAUACCAGACUUACCGAGCAGCUGUGCUGUCAGAGGAGCUGUGGGGUGUGGGUGAGGAUGGGGGUCCCUCUCCAGCUAAUCCUGGAGAAGCUCCCACCUUCUCCAGGCUCCCUGGACCUCGAAACACUCUGUGGCAGGAGCUCCCGGCUGUGAGAGGCAGUGGCCUCUUAGAGAGUCUAAGCCCCCAGGAGCGGCGCAUGCAGGAGAGCCUGUUUGAGGUGGUGACAUCAGAGGCCUCCUACCUGCGAUCCCUGAGGCUGCUGACCGACACCUUCGUCCUGAGCCAGGCUCUCCGGGACACACUCACGCCUCGGGAUCAUCAUACGCUGUUCUCCAACGUGCAGCGAGUCCAGAGCGUCAGUGAGCGGUUUCUAGGAACACUGCUGUCUCGUGUUCGUUCCUCCCCACACAUCACUGACCUGUGUGAUGUGGUGCAUGCCCAUGCAGUUGGUCCUUUCUUCGUGUAUGUGGAUUAUGUUCGGAACCAGCAGUAUCAGGAGGAGACCUAUAGCCGCCUUAUGGAUACAAACGUGCGCUUCUCCGCAGAGCUGCGAAGGCUGCAGAGCCUCCCCAAAUGUGAGCGGCUCCCGCUGCCAUCUUUCCUGCUGCUGCCCUUCCAGCGCAUCACCCGGCUGCGGAUGCUGUUGCAGAAUAUCCUAAGCCAGACAGAAGAGGGGUCCAGUCGUCAGGAGAACGCCCAGAAGGCUCUGGGUGCUGUGAGCAAGAUCAUUGAGCGCUGCAGCGCUGAGGUGGGGCGCAUGAAGCAGACGGAAGAGCUGAUACGGCUCACCCAAAGGUUGCGCUUCCACAAAGUCAAGGCUCUACCCCUGGUCUCCUGGUCACGGCGCCUGGAAUUGCAGGGGGAGCUGACCGAGCUGGGGUGUCGGAGGGGGGGUGUGCUCUUCACCUCCCGUCCACGCUUCACUCCCCUCUGCCUACUGCUCUUCAGUGACCUGCUGCUUAUCACUCAGCCCAAGAGUGGGCAGCGGCUGCAGGUUCUGGACUAUGCCCAUCGCUCCCUGGUGCAGGCCCAGCAGGUUCCUGACCCAUCUGGACCCCCUACUUUCCGCCUCUCGCUUCUCAGCAACCACCAGGGCCGCCCCACCCACAGGCUACUCCAAGCGGCCUCACUAUCAGACAUGCAGCGCUGGCUGGGAGCCUUCCCCACCCCAGGUCCCCUUCCCUGUUCCCCAGACACCAUCUAUGAGGACUGUGAGUGUUCCCAGGAGCUAUGUUCAGAGCCAUCCACACCUUCCAAGACUGAGGGGCAAAGUCUGGAGUCCAAGGCCCCCCGAAAGCAUCUGCACAAGAAUCCAGAAGGGGGCUUGAAGAGCUAAUGUCUGAUUGGCUGUGCAUCCUCUUCCCUUUGACACAACACUGUAGCAUUCCAGAUGGCAUGUGUCCCAUGGGUCUACACUCUGCAGCAAGAACAACCCGAGACAAACACCAAGAAAACAACGAUGGAGAGCUUGUGGAACAAAGAAGUCUGUUGUAAGUAGGAUCCGAAGGGCAGUUUCUUAACACAGUACCACCUACUUAGAGUCAAAUGCCUCUUCACCACCCUCCACCCAGCCUGCUCCUUCUCAAGGAGGAAUGACUAAUACUCAGGAGCAGAGUUAAAAGCUUUUAACACCACACAAAAAAAAGAUGUAGUUAUGUGCACAUGCAUGUGUGCAUAUGAGGGCAAGUCCUUACACGUCACGGAGUCCAGAAGGUGUCAGAUACUCUGGGGCUAGAGUCACAGGCAGUUGUGAGCCACCCAGCACUGGGAACAACACUCAGGUCCUUUGCAAAAGCAGCACAUCUCUUAACCACUGAGCUUUCUCUCUAGCCCCCAUGAUUAACAUUCAUCAUUAGUGUGUGUGUGUGUGUGUGUGUGUGUGUGUGUGUGUGCGCGCGCGCAUGAGUACACAUCUACCACAUCAUUUAUGGGGAGGUCAGAGGACAACUUUUGGGAUUUGUUCUUUUCUUCUGCAAUAUCAGUCUCAGGUAUCGAACUCGGGUUGUCAACUUCCUCAGUCAGGCCCUCUUUACUCACCCAGCCAUCUCAUUGGCCUGAGUAGUUUUCUUCCAAACCCCCAGAAGCAUGAAUGAGGAGUAAGUGUUCCUCUCAACAUACAUUAUUAGAGCCGGCCGGGGUGGGGUGGGCUGUGUAAUCCAGAGAGGAAGGCUCAGUGCUAUAGUUUGGAUGUGGAGUGUGUCUCACCGGUCUUUGUAGAAGUUUGCUUCUCAGGGUAGCACUGCUGGGCAGUGGUGGAACUUUAAAAGGCAGGGCCUGGUGGGAGAUCGUCAGGCCAUUAUGGGACCAUGGUUUCUCAUGUACUGACCCUGAGGUAGGUAGUACCAGGUGUUAGCUUGUCUUUGUUUCUGCGUUUAGAAUCUUGUCUCUUGACUAGGACUCUUAAUAAGACAUCUGUUGGGGCUGGAGAGAUGGCUCAGUGGUUAAGAGCACUGACUGCUCUCCCAGAGGUCCUGAGUUCAAUUUCCAGCAAUCACAUGGUAGCUCACAACCAUCUGUAAUGAGAUUUGAUGCCUUCUUCUGGUGUAUCUGAAGACAGCUACAGUGUACUCAUAUACAUAAACUAAAUAAUUUUUUAAAGAAAAAAGAAAAAAAAAAACCUCUGUUAACAGAUUAGGUUGUUUACACGUGGAAGAAGCCAAACUGAGAGUUGGGGUCCUUUACAAAGGACAGGCCUGCUUCCAAGAAGAGAAAGAAAAAUCGGUGAUAAAGGGCACCUGACAGAACAUGGGACCGGGUGUUUUGGGAAUCACAGGACAAUUGUAGAGACAGGAUAACUCAGUGUCUGGGGCUAGGGACUUCUCAUCCAGAAUUUGUUAAACUCUCCUUGAAUACUGACUGUUCCUUCUACCCAAGGAUGAGUCCCCAGAGGCCAUAUUUUGCUGCACGGGUCAUAUUCUCACUCAUAACAAAUAAGCCUCAAAAUGCACAAUUGCUCCAAGCUGGGAUGAUAAUCAGUCUGUCUUUCUUUGGAGAUUUGGCAUUGAACCUUGAAAUGUUACACAAAGGCCAGAUGGGAUGGUUCAGUAGGAGAAAGUGCUUGCUGCCACAGAAAAGGCCCGCAGACCUUAGCCCAACUAACUCCAUGAUGGAAGUACCAUUCAGGCUGCAAAACUCAGCAGCACCUGCCAAAGCAGAAGCAAAACCUUAAUCCAUCAAAGUCCACAGUUCUGGGAAAGUAUCUGUCUCUGUCUGUCUGUCUGUCUGUCUGUCCCUCUUUGUUUUCUGAGACAAAGUUUCUCUAUGUAUCCCUGAUGUCCUGGAACUUGCUCUGUAAACCAUGGUGAAAUGUUUUUUGUAUGGAAACAGAAGUCUGGCUUAGUGCAUGCACCUGUAGUCGCAGCUUCCUGGGAGGCUGAGGUAAGAGGAUCAGGUAGGUUUAGGUGUUCAAAGACACCUGGGCAAAACAUCUCCCCUGGGACAGUCAGGAACUGUCUUUGUGCUCUAUAUGAGAAACUCCUUUAUGUUUGCAGACUUUUUUAAAAAUUCUUUUCUUUUUAGUUUUACUUCUUUGAUGUGUAUUCUCUAUGUAUUUUGCCUGCAUGUUUAUAUGUGCACCUCAUGUGUGAAUAAUGUCCAUGGAAGUCAAAAGAGGGAGCCAGAUUCUCUGGAACUGAAGUUAUAGGUGGCUAUGAGCCAUGUGGGUGCUGGGAUCUGAACCUGGGUCCUCUGCAAGAGCAACAAGUGCUUUUAACCCCGGAACUAUUUCUUUUGCCCAUUUUGCAGAUGAGCCUUAAUAACAAACUUACUUCUGUGAAAAAUUACACAAGCCUCAUUUCUUGUAAUUCAUCAUUUUGUUUCUUGGUUGGUUGGUUUGUUUUUCAAGACAGGGUUUCUCUAACCCUGCUCGUCCUGGAACUCACUUUGUAAACCAGCCUGGUCUUGAACUCCACCUGCCUCUGCCUCAUAAGUGCUGGGAGUAAAGGCAUGUGCCACCACCACCUGGCAUAAUUUGUCUUUAAAAAAUACAUUUUAUGCCAGGCGUGGUGGUGGCUCACGCCUUUAAUCCCAGCACUUGGGAGGCAGAGGCAGGCGGAUUUCUGAGUUCGAGGCCAGCCUGGUCUACAGAGUGAGCUCCAGGACAACCAGGGCUACACAGAGAAACCCAACAAACAAACAAUAUGUUUUAUGUGCUGUUACUGGAGGGGGCACUGUGUGGAAGUUGUGGGACAUCUUUGUGGAGUCAGUUCUCUCCUUUAAGUAGGUUCUGGGGGUCAAACUCAGGCUUCCAGGCUCGCACCCCUAACACCUUUAUCAACUUAGCUCUCUUUCCAGCUUAGUUUUCUUUUCUUUUCUUUUUUUGAGGGGUGGGGGUGGAGGGUGGGGGCGGGUGGGUCUAGUCAGGGUUUCUCUGUAUAGCCCUGGCUGUCCUGGAUCUCACUCUAUAGACCAGGCUGUCCUUGAACUCAGAUUAGUUUUCACCUUAACUUUUGAAUUAGAACCUUCACUCCACUAUGAUUACAGUGUAAAGCCACAAAAUAGCUUCCUAUUCCCACUUGCUGGAACUCGACUCCUGCCUGGGUGUCUCCUCUGUUAGACUGGAACAUCCAUAGGUCCUUUAGGAUCUGGAGGGCUUGCAUUGCUUCUUUGCUGUGUUCAGGUCAUGAGACUAUUCUAGAAAACUACCUUACUUCCCACCUGCCUCAAUAUGCCGUCAUCAUUCUCACCAAGGCUGCCCAGUGGGCUACCCAACUUGGCUAGUUAGCAGUAGCCAGGACUAUACUAAGCCAAGUGGGACUACCCACUACUCUUCAGGAUUUCUCUCAUCCUUGAGUGAUGAGAAAUCCUCUUCUGACCACUGUGUCCACCCCCGCCUCCCAACCCUUAUCUGUUGAUCUCUUAUCAAACCUGAGACGACCAGGACCACUGGUGCCUAAUCCUGCUGGGUAGCUGUAGGUAACAUAAGGGAUGGGGAAGGACAAAGGAUAGUCCUGGGCUAUAAAACCAACUUUUAUGCAUUGGCUCAGCUGUCUGGAAUGACCUCCAGAAGACACUAGCCUUGCUGGGUAGUUAUAGAGGCUGACUUGAAGAAACCUAGGAAUAUAUGUUUUAAUUAUGUGUAUGUGUGUGCCUGAGCACAUACCUGCAUAUAGUCCGUUUGCCAGCUGCAGAGAGUAGCUGUGGAAGCAGAAGCAGCGUCGAAUUCCCUGAUAGACGACUGGGAGCUAUUGUGUGGGUGCUGGGAAAUGAACCUGGAUCCUCUGCAAGAGUAGGAAGAGCUUUAACCAAUGAGCCAUUUUUUUAGCCCAUAAAUUGCCUAUGGAGUUUUUAAUCUGGACUUCUACAGAAAACUUUUCCAGCUCCUGUUAUAGGCUAUGUUACUUAUUCUGGUCAGGAGUUGAGAAAUCUAGGGAAUUGAUCUGCCAAGCCCUCACCUGCUACCCUUCCUUACAAUCUCCUUGUUUACUCUUUCAGACAUUUUCCUUAGUAAGGUGGAGGCUGCUGUGUUUACCGUGUUGUCUCUGAUGCGUCUUCCGAGCUUUGUCUGUCUGUAGACGCUAAGAGUGGAAAGCCAUCGCGCAGUGUUUACCUUAUGCAUUGUGACUACAUAAACAUUCCACUGCUGAGCUGGAAGCCCCUAAAAUUACACUUCCUUUCUUGAACUGUCCUCUUUCUUUCUUCUUUUCUUUCCUACCUUCUCCCCCCAACACACUUCACUAUGUAGACCAGGCUGGCCUCCAAUUCACAGAGAUCCACCCUCCUCUUCCUCCUGAGGGCUGGGAUGAGAGAUGUGUAGAAACACACCUGGAUUUUUCUUGGCUUUUGAGUGGAGGUCUCCUGUAACUUUGGAAAGCCUCGAACUCAUUUCAGACUCUGGGAUUAUCUUGAACUCUUGAUAGCCUGGUUUCAUCUUUCAAGUGUUGGAUGACAGGUGUAUUCUUGGCUUAAACUAGUUUCAGUUUUCUUUUGAAAAGUAAUUCUAAAAAAUUUGAAAAUUACAUUUCUCUCUCUCCCUCUUUCUCUCUCUCUCUCUUUUUCUCCCUCUUUCUCCUUCCCUCUCCCCUCUCCCCUCCCCCUCCCAUCCCCUCCCAUCCCCUCCCCCUCCCCCUCUCUCUGUUAGACUGAUAAUUUUUCAGCCUCCUUUAUUUUUUAAGAUUUGCCAUGCAGAUCAAAAUCAGGUCUCUAGGCUUGGCAAUGCCUUUGCACACUGAGCCAUCUUGCUUGUCCACUGAACAACAAUUAUUUAACUUUUUUUGUUUUUUAAAAUGCUGGGCUGGAGAGAUGGCUCAGCGGUUAACAGCAGCUGCUCUUCAGGAUGCCCCGGGCUCUACUCUCAGCACUCAUAGUGGUUCACCAUCUGUAAUUCCAGUUCAUAGGGUGUGAUGCCUUCUCCUGGCCUCCGAGGACACCAGGUAAGCACAUGGCUGUAUCAUGAGCAUGCAGAAGGGUGUCACUUGGAGCUCAAGGAGCCACAUGUGGGAACCGGAGUCAGUGGCAGAACAGAAAAAGAAGGAAGAAAUCCAAGAGUGUAACUUCACACAGACAGAAAAAAAUUGACAACAGAAGCAAAAACAGAUACCUCUAAUCUUAAAUUGAUAAAUAUUGUAAAUAUUUUCUAAACAUCCAGGAGGACUUUGCAUACUCCUCAAAGGGCCCUUUUCUUGAACCUCUGUAGCUACUCCAUGAAGCACCAGUUAAUGCUAUGGAAGCUUCAAGAUCAAGUUGUAACACGGUGAUGACACAGUGAUGAUACGUUGAUGACACUCCACAGCCUCUCCCCCAAAAGAUCAGUACAUUAAAUGUUUUUAAAAAUACAAA